AUGUAUGAAAAACUUGAUAGAAUAAUAACUGUGGAUGGCCAAUUGGGUACUGUUAGGUUUAUUGGACAAUUGCCUAGUAAUGUAUGGGGUCCUAACGUGACAGCUUUAGGAAUAGAGUGGGAUCAAUCAGAACGAGGCAAAAAUAAUGGUACCUUGGAAGGUAUAUCAUAUUUUGAGACAGAAGUUGACGGAGCAGGUUCAUUUCUAAAGAUAAAUAACAAGAAGAUAGUAAAAGAGAGAUAUAACUUUAUUGAGGCCCUCUUACGACAAUAUUCUAGCACUAGCGUUGAUUCCAAAAGUACAAUAAUAUUUGGGACCAAGAUUGCAGAAAGCUAUGGAUUUGAAAAGUUGAAUCAAAUUCAAUCCGAUUUCAAUAAUUUAGUAUCAGUUUCUCUAGAGAAGAAAAGUAUAUAUACUUCCUUUGAUAAAUCUGACGGGGUUAAUAGAAUCUUCGAUAAUUUGAAUAAUGUUACAAGUUUGGAUUUGAGCUAUAAUUUGUUUAAUGAUUUAAAUGAUGUCUGGGACAUUAUUGAUCCACUUGAAAAUUUGACGGAACUAAACCUCAAUGGAAAUAGAUUUUUUAAUGAUGAGAAGCAUACUCCUACAAAACACCAUAAUAAAUUACACACUAUAAAUCUUGCGUCAACAAAUAUAACCAUACGACAAGUUAUACACCAAAUUUUGCCUAAAUUUCCAAAUUUGCAAAAUAUUACCUUGGCUGGCAAUAGGUACACGGAUGAAGUUUUCCAUGAUGUAUCAAUUAACCAUGAUUCAUUGUGGAAUAUAGAUUUAUCAUAUAAUAGAUUGCAAACUGUACCUCACCUUAGAAAUAAGCUGAAUAUUUUAAGUUACUUCAACUUAGCAAAUAAUUGUAUCUCAGAUAUUCGUGAAGAUAUGGUAUUCAAUUCUAUUCAUUGUGUUGAUUUACGAAACAACAGGAUAAACGCAUGGAAUAUAAUAGAUAAAAUGUAUCUUGCAUUCCCCGACUUAAAAGAGCUCAGGAUUAAUGGGAAUCCAGUCUUUAGUAGUAUUUCAAUAGAAGAAAUGACCAUCAACUUGAUUGCUAGAUUUGAAUUCCUGGGAGCAAAGACUACAAAGAACGGAUCUAAAGUGAAUAAAUUAAAUGGUGCCUUUAUUCUGGAUGAUGAAAUUACUAAUGCAGAACUAUACUUUAUUUCUAAAGUAAGGAAUGGGGAUUAUAAUUAUGAUCGUAAAAGUAAAAGGUGGCAGUUAUUAAUGGAAAAAUAUCAAAUAGAAGAUAUACCUCAAUCCCGAGAAGAAAGGAACAAUAUUAGUCGAAAGAAGAUAAAGUUGAAUAUAAAUACUGAGUUUGGCCGUCAAAUUACAGAACGUGUAUUUUUGACAGAUAAUUCGAUACUACGCUUGAAAGGAGUGAUUUCAAGAAAUCUAAAUCGGUCGAUAUUACAAUUUAGAGUCUUUUAUUAUAUCAAUGAAGCAGAGGAUGCAGUAGAUAAGAUUAAAGAGUAUUUAGAUGAUAACAUUGCAACGAUCGGUAAUUUUGGUUUUCUGGAUAAUCAGAAACUAUAUGUGACAUUAAAUACAUAG